UAAAUAAGAAGGCAACACAACAUAAAAACUACUAAAUGAACUAUUAUAUGCGAUUGAUUCAAAAAAGAAUACAGUGUUAUGUAAUUUAACGGGAAUAAUUAACUCAACAAUGUAAACUAAUAUUCUAACUCAGGUAACACAUUGUAAAAAAAUAAAAACGAUUAUUCGUUUAAUCGUAUUCGAAGUAACGCUUCCGCGUAAUGAAGUUAGAUUAAACUAAAAUGCUCUAGUUAAUCACUAACUUUGUAUUCUUUCAAACAAUAGAAUAUUUGGAAAUAAUGGUUAUUGUCAGUUAAUGAUGUUAUUUGGCGAAGAUGUUUGGCGUUUCUGGCGCUGAAGUAAUGCUUCCGAAAAUAUUAAUAAUCGUCUGCUUAACAUUAGCAUUGACAACAACAAAAGCAGCAAGAAGGAAUCUAUGCCCAACAAACUGGAAUGAAUGCCAUGAACUUUGUAGAAAACAAGGUCGACGAGGUGGAUAUUGUGCAGGAGCAUGGUCAGAGAGAUGCCUAUGCAUAAUGCGCUCCAACACUGAAACUACCAACAUCAGUUCUAACCUAGCAUACUCAGCCUGGAUGAGAAUGAUGAAUAACAGAGGAAGUGGAAAAUAACAACAA